GGCAUAUUAUCCGUCCCCCAAUCGAGCUCAGCAUCGAUCGCGCGGUUGGAGAGCUUCGUUUCACUGCCCCAGACAAUGCUGUCUAUGGCUGGUUCAGGCGGCCAAACACCUACAGACUAUGCCCUGCUGACUACGGGGUAUACGGGGUAUACGGGGUAGACAGAGAUCAAGCGAUGCGAUUCAUCUCCUUUCGCCACGGAUAUGGCUCGAUUAGGCAGCCCGUUCGGAAGACUGUGAAUCUGUCUCCGUUCAAGCUCUUGCGUGGGAUCGAGUCGAACCUGCCUUUUUUUUUUUGGUGGCUGUCGCUCAGGUUUGUUUUCGCACUUACUGGAACUCAUAUUUUCGCUCAGUUGAUCAAUCUACUCUGCCACUUCAUGUGCUAGUACUUUGUAUAACUUUACCCAAUACAA